GCCCCGGGGCGCCCCCAGCCCGCCGCAGCCAUGGCGGCCCCGGCCGCGCUGCGCCCGCUCCUGCCCCUCGUCCCCGUCGCCGCCGCGCUGGCGCUGGCCGCGGGCGGGGGCCCCGCGGGGACAGAGCCGCGCUCCGGCAGCGACAUCGUCCAUCCCAUCAAGGUCGACGAGAGCGGAGCCUUCCUGUCCUACGACUUGUCCCACCGGGCCCUCCACCGGAGGUCUCCUGCCUCCAGGAGCAAGCUUCCCGCCUUCUACGAGCUGCAGUACCGAGGGCAAGCCCUGAAAUUCAACCUGAGCCUCAACAGGCACCUCCUGGCUCCGGGCUUUGUCAGCGAGAGGCGUUUCGGGGGCAUCGCGGGCGCCAAGAUCCAGCCCCGCUCCUACAACCCGUGCCACAUGAUCGGGGAGGUGCGGGGCCGGGCGCGGCAGGCGGGGCUGGCUGCCCUCAGCACCUGCGAUGGCCUGAAAGGUGUGUUUCAGCUGAUGAACGAGGACUAUUUCAUCGAGCCCGUGUCCAGCAGCCCCCGGGAGGAGGGAGCAGCACAGCCCCACAGGAUCUACAAGCGCCAGCUGCCCAAGGCCAGGGCUGAGCAGGGCAGCAGAGCCCCGGCCCCGCGGGAGUCCUGCGGCGUGCCAGAGUCUGAGGAAAGCCUGGAGCGGUCUGAGAGGCGCAGGGAGAGGUGGGAGCAGAAGCAGCACAGGAGGAGAAGGAUCAAGCCGCGCUCCAUCAGCAGGGAGAAGUGGGUGGAGACGCUGGUGGUGGCAGACACCAAGAUGGUGGAGUUCCACGGCAGCGCCAACAUCGAGAAGUACGUGCUGACCGUCAUGAACAUGGUGGCGGGGCUGUUCCACCACGCCAGCAUCGGGAACCCCAUCAACAUCGCCAUAGUGCGGCUGAUCCUGCUGGAGCACGAGGAGGAGGACCUGAAGAUCUCCCACCACGCAGACAACACCUUGAAAAGCUUCUGCAAGUGGCAGAAGAGCAUCAACGUGAAGGGAGACUCCCACCCCCUGCACCACGACGUCGCCGUGCUGCUCACCAGGAAGGACAUCUGUGCUGCCAUGAACAGGCCCUGUGAGACCUUGGGGCUGUCCCACGUGGCCGGGAUGUGCCAGCCCCACCGGAGCUGCAACAUCAACGAGGACACGGGGCUGCCGCUCGCCUUCACCGUGGCCCACGAGCUGGGACACAGUUUUGGGAUUCAGCAUGAUGGAAGCAGCAAUGACUGUGAGCCAGUUGGGAAAAGACCUUUCAUCAUGUCUCCACAGCUCCUGUAUGACACGUCCCCACUCACCUGGUCCCGCUGCAGCCGCGAGUACAUCACACGCUUCCUCGACCGGGGCUGGGGGCUGUGCCUGGAUGACCGCCCAGCCCGGGAGCUGCUGGACUUUCCCCUGGUGCCCCCGGGCGUCCUGUACGACGUGGGCCACCAGUGCCGGCUGCAGUACGGCCCCUACUCCACCUUCUGCGACGACAUGGACAGUGUCUGCAGCACGCUGUGGUGCACGGUGGGGAACACGUGUCACUCCAAGCUGGAUGCAGCUGUGGACGGCACAGCCUGCGGGGAGAGCAAGUGGUGCUUCAACGGCGAGUGCGUUCCCGUGGGCUUCCGGCCCGAGCCCAUCGACGGCGGCUGGAGCUCCUGGAGCUCCUGGGCCUCCUGCUCCCGCAGCUGUGGAGCAGGAGUGCAGAGUGCUGAGAGGCACUGCAGCCACCCCACGCCCAAGUACGGGGGCCGGUACUGCCUGGGCGAGCGCAAGCGGUUCCGGAUCUGCAACGUGCGGCGCUGCCCCCCGGACAAGCCCUCCUUCCGCCAGGUCCAGUGCAGCCACUUCAACCCCAUGCCCUACAAAGGGAAGCUCUACAAGUGGACACCAGUGCCCAACAACAUUAACCCCUGCGAGCUGCACUGCCGGCCCGAGCACGAGUACUUUGCGGAGAAGCUGCGGGACGCGGUGGUGGACGGCACGCCCUGCUACGACAGCGACGCCAGCCGCGACGUCUGCAUCAACGGCAUCUGCAAGAACGUGGGCUGUGACUACGAGAUCGACUCGCACGCCGUGGAGGAUCGCUGCGGGGUCUGCCACGGGGACGGCUCCACCUGCCACACCGUCCACAAGACCUUCGAGGACAGCGAGGGGCUGGGUUACGUGGACAUUGGGAUUAUCCCCGUGGGAGCCCGGGAGAUCCGGAUUGAGGAGGUGGCAGAAGCCGGGAAUUUCCUGGCGCUGCGGAGCGAGGACCCGGAGAAGUAUUUCCUGAAUGGUGGCUGGACCAUCCAGUGGAACGGAGACUACAGGGUGGCAGGGACCACCUUCACCUACAAGAGGACAGGGAACUGGGAGAACCUCACCUCUCCGGGGCCCACCGUGGAGCCCGUGUGGAUCCAGCUGCUGUUCCAGGAGACCAACCCCGGGGUGAGGUACCAGUACACGAUCCAGCGCCCGGCCGACAGCGAGAACGAGAUCGAGCAGCCCGAGUUCCUGUGGCGCUUUGGCUCCUGGACCACCUGCACGGCCACCUGUGGGACAGGGGUGCAGCGGCAGGUGGUGCACUGCGUGGAGAGGCUGGCGGGCCUGGUGGAGGAGCGGUUCUGCGACGCGCUCACGCGCCCCGACGACCAGCAGCGCACCUGCAGCGAGGAGCCCUGCCCAGCCAGGUGGUGGGUGGGUGAGUGGCAGAAGUGCUCAGCCUCGUGUGGCCGGGCAGGGCUGAUGAAGAGGACGGUGCUGUGCAUCCAGAGCGUGGGGCUGGACGAGCAGAGGGCCCUGCAGCCAGCAGACUGCCAGCACCUGGCCAAGCCGGAUGCCACCGCGCCCUGCCACCCAGAGGUCCCCUGUCCCUCCCCGUGGGCUGUGGGCAACUGGUCCGAGUGCUCAGUGACCUGUGGGAACGGGACCCAGAGGCGCCCAGUGCACUGCAGCAACAGCAGCGGGGCCCCGUGCGACCCUGAGCAGAGACCCAGCCCCCAGAGGCCUUGCUCCCUGCCACAGUGCCACCAGAAAUGGGACACAGACUGGUCUGGCAGCGGCUCCUCCAGCAGGGAGCUGUUUAAUGAAAUCCAUUACAUCCCCAGCAGCCACGUUCCUAAAUUUAACCCCUUAAUCCCAAACGUCCCGGAGUCCAACGAUGUCAAUGUCAUCACCGAGGAAGACUUCUCAGCCAGGAAAGGAAACGUGUUUGUUGAUGAUUUUUACUACGAUUAUAACUUCAUCAACUUCCACGAGGAUCUGUCUUACUACCCCUUCACGGAGAAGGAGCCAAAGCCAGAGCUGAGCACCGAUGGCACGGAGGGGCCCUGGGAGCGGCCCACCGAGGCCCUGCUCACCAGCGAGCGGGGAGGAGAGAGCCAGGAGCAGCCAGGCGCCGAGGAGGAACACACUCCUGCCCCUGGGCACGGGCAGAGCAGAGACACAGAGCAGGAACACACUCCUGCCCCUGGGCACGGGCAGAGCAGGGACACAGAGCCCAGGCAUUUAGCCAUGAAUGACCUCCUGAGCACGGUCCCCGAGGAUGUGGGAUCAGCCACCCCCAGCUACACCACCCCUGGCCUUUUGGGUGAGGAGGAGGAGGAUACAGUGCCCGUGCCCCACUCUGAGCACCACCCGCCCCCCCAGAGCUCCGUGAACCCCGACUCUGCGAACCACGGCGGCCCGCCCUGGGAUGAGCCCCCCGGAGCUGCGCCCAGCAGCCUCGGGCAGGAUGUCCCUGCUCCCUGGGGUCCCCACCCCGCUGAUGAGGGCUGGGGCAGUGCCAGGGUGGAUGUGUCCCUUGGGCCAGCAGCCCGGGGUGGCAGCAGCGAGGGCCGUGAGGGUGCACAGGGGCGCGGCACGGCCGGGUCUGCGGGGAGAGGCCGCGGGGGCUCCAGGGAAAUGGCUCUGGAUGGUGCAGCCCCGCAGCCCCCCGAGCAGCACGGGUGGGCAGGAGUGCCACAGGGGCUGCGGGACACGCGGGCAGGAGGGCAAUCCCGUGGCAUGGAGAGGGCAGACCUUGCCUUGCCCACCCCUCAGGCCCCGGGCUGGGGGAUGGCAGGGAGAGCUGGCAGCCCUGCCAUGAGUACCCCUCCUGCGGGUGCUGAUGGGGCUCCUGUGGGACACGGAGGGCACCAGCCAGAGCUGCACAGCCCCACAGCCGCCGGCUCAACGCCCUCGGUGGCCACAACAGCGUCCUUGUCCCCUGCCAUGCCCGGGCCGGCCACCCAGCUCACCUCCAGCGGCCUCAGCCAGCAGGAUGCCCCGGGCCCAGCCGUGCCCACAGCCCCAGCUCAUGGCCCACCUGCCCACACAGCAGGGUCCCCCCUGGAAUGGGGAACAGCGGGGGUGUCCCAGCACCCGGAUCUGGCAUCUCCCCACGCUGAGCUGACCUCCCAUGGGAGCCCUGCACCGAGGGACCCCUCACCGUGGGCACCGCCAGGGACAUCAACGAGGGAGCCCUCACCGUGGGCACCCCCAGGGACAUCAACGAGGGACCCCUCACCAUGGGCACCUCCGGGGACAUCAAUGAGGGACCCCUCACCGUGGGCACCGCCAGGGACAUCAACGAGGGACCCCUCACCAUGGGCACCUCCGGGGACAUCAACGAGGGACCCCUCACCGUGGGCACCCCCAGGGACAUCAACGAGAGACCCCUCACCGUGGGCACCCCCGGCGACAUCAACGAGGGACCCCUCACCGUGGGCACCCCCAGGAACACCUGCCUCCAGUGACGGGGGGCAGGAGUUGUCCCAGCCCACCCCUUUGGCCCCCCAGCUGUGGGAGAAGAGGCUGGAGGAAGAGGAGGCUCUGCUUCCACCAUCACCCACGGCAGCAGCCACUGCCAAGCCCAGCUGGGAGGUCGGGAACUGGAGUGAGUGCUCGGCCACGUGCGGCCUGGGCGCGGUCUGGAGGCCGGUGCGCUGCAGCAGUGGCGCUGACGGUGGCUGUCCCGCGGCCGACAGGCCCGUCCCCGCCCGGAGGUGCUCCCUGAGACCCUGCUCGGCCUGGCGUGUGGGCAACUGGAGCAAGUGCUCCAGGAGCUGCGGCGGGGGCACGAAGGUGCGGGACGUUCACUGCAUUGACACCAGGGACCAGCGGCUGCUGCGGCCCUUCCACUGCCAGGCCAGGCUGGCACAGCCCCUGGCACAGCUGCCCUGCCACAGCGCGCCGUGCCUGGACUGGUACACGUCCUCCUGGAGAGAGUGCUCGGAGCCCUGUGGUGGCGGGGAGCAGGCCCGCCUGGUGACGUGCCCGGAGCCGGGGCGCUGCGAGGAGAGCCUGAGACCCAACAGCACCCGGCCCUGCAACAGCCAGCCCUGCACCACCUGGGUGGUGGGCUCCUGGGGACAGUGCUCGGCUCCCUGCGGAGGGGGCAUCCAGCGGCGCCAGGUGAAGUGCAUGGACACCAGGACCGGGGUGGCCGAGGAGGACAGCAGCCUGUGUGACCACGAGCCGUGGCCGGAGAGCACCCAGAAGUGCAACCCCCAGGAGUGCGACAGCUCCGAGCCAGGUGUGCCCUGCGAGCGCGACCGGCUGAGCUUCGCCUUCUGCCAGACGCUGCGGCUGCUGGGCCGGUGCCAGCUGCGCACCGUGCGCGCCCAGUGCUGCCGCAGCUGCGGCCACCAGCGCGGCCACCAGCGCCUGGCCCGCAGGUGACAGCGCUGGGCCCGGGCUGCCGGCACCCGCGGCGGCUCCGCGUGGCCGGGACCGGUGGCUCUGCGACUCUGUGCCGCUGUCUCACGGUGCUCAGACCGCGGCUGGGCGCCGCUGCUCCCCACCUCGCUCCAGGGGGAUGCUGCCGGGGUCAGCCUGCCCCGGCACACCGGCGGGGAGGCGGGGGGAAAGGGGGACCGAAAGCAGCAAUAAUUUGGGGAAGACCUCUCAGAAACGCUUAUGGUGCUAUCGUUUGACAUUUGCAGCCUCUCGAAGGUGUUGGCUGGCCAGCACAAACCUUGAUUUUUAUUAUUAUUUUAUAUCUCCGAGGUGAGCGUCCAGCAUUCCACCGGCUCUGCCGACCCUUUGGGGUAGGGAUUUUAUAUUUUUUUUUUUCCUUUAAGGGACUUGAAGCUGGCAACCCACUCCUGUAAUUUUCAUUAAAAUGUUUACGCACUGAAGCUAGAUAGAUUUAAUUUGAGAAGUGGAGGCAGGGCAGAGGAAUAAAGUUGCAGUUUCAGCUGGGGCUGUGCAGGGCUCUGUCUCCCCAUUGCUGGCUUCCUCUGCCCAAGCCAUUGCUGUGUCCCUCUGGAGCAGAGGGGCCAGGGACACCGAGCUUUGGAGUCCACCAGGGCAUUCCCUUGCAUGCAUUUGGGCAGGAGAGGGAAGCUGCCCUGGCUUCACCCUCCCUCGUGGGCAGCCAGGUGCUCAGUCCCUGGAAUUCUGUAUGUGUAGCAGUGUAAUGCUUGGUUAAGGUGUUUUUCUGUGGCCUCACAGGCUGAACCCUUUUUUUUUCCCCUGCUUAUCUAGAUUCUCCUCUGUUAAGGUUAGCUGAUUUUUAACUAGAAUAUCCAAUUUACUCUGAGGCACAGCCUCUACUGCCUGCUCCCAGAGCAGUGUGGGAACAAAUCCCUCGCUGUCUCGGGGAGGGAUUCCUGCCAGGUUGGUCUCUGGAGGAGGGCAGGAGCGUUUAGGUAGGAAUUCCUUUCCCUAGUACUAUUUUAGGCUGUGGAGGGUGCCCAAAAACUGGGGGACCUUGAAGGGCAAUCCUCCCUGCCUGGGCAGAGCCAGGCUGGAGCUCCAGGUGCAGCUCCCUGGGCUGGCGGGGGCAGCAGCACUCGGCCCAAACAGGGAAAUUCCUGCGAGUGAUUUGUAUGUAAAACACAAGCCAUGACCUCACCAUUUGUGCUUUAUUCCGUUCCAAGGUGGUGUAAAGUUUUUAUGGUCCAAGAACCUGUGUCCAGUCCUGGUUUCCUCGUCCGCAGCACCAUCUGUCCCACACCCUGUCACCCUCCCAGGGUUGCAAAGGGAUGACCCUUGUGGCCACAGCUCACAAAGUGUGUUAAAUUAAACACUUACUGAAGGAAGCAGGUGCGGUUCACAUUUUCUCCUCCCCGUGGGGAAUUCCGAAGGUUUUCAGCUAAUUGGAGAUGGUUCAGGCACUGGCAGCAGGAAGGAACCAUCAGUUUGCAUCUGAAAACCACUCACAGCUGCCCUUUGCAACUGGGAUUUGUUGAUUAAAACCUGAGCCGGGCUGAUGGGGUAGAUCAGUUCUGCAAAUCAAUUUGUUUGUGGCACAGGACCUGGUGAGCCCCUUCUGCAGCGCCUCUCCACGCGCAGGGGCCCAGCUGUGGCUGGCUGAGGGCACGGGAUAAUCCCUCCUGGGGGACACCAGGCCAUUUUUACUCAUGUAACAAGCCAGGCCUCCCACCAGCACAGAAACUGCAUUAUCGGUGACAAUAAAACACAUCUGGCUUAAAUAUCUGCAGUAUUUUCUUUCAGUGAGGCACCUCCAGCGAGUGUCUCUGGAAGG